UUCAAUACGGUAAAAUGGGUUCUUUUUUUCUUUUGCCUAUCUUCUACCUUCAGGAGCGCCACGAAUGGUUUGUUUUCGGUGACAUUGUCAACAGUUGAGAAGCGGUUUCAAUUCUCCAGUUUCCAGAGUUCUAUUCUUGCAAGCGCCACCGAGUUUGGUCAAGUACCAGCGCUGGUGUUUAUUAUGUUGUGUGGACACAAUGUAAAACAGAGACCACUUUUUAUAGGAUUUGGCACAAUUGCAGUUUCUUUUGGCUGCGUCCUCUGCUUUCUGCCGCAAUUUUUG